AUGGAAACACUCUUAUUGUGUGUAUUCACUCUGAUUGCUUCGGCAGAUUAUAUCAAGUUGUAUGACGACGGAGAUUUUUAUGAGGGAUUUGAGGUUGUCAAUCCAGACAACUUGACUGUUGGAAUACAAGACAAAGACAGGUCACAUUGGGAAGUUGUGACGAUGUUGCCUGGUGAGGAAAUAGUGUUUACAACAAACGACAGCGUUUCGACAACAAUCCAAGACAAAGACAAAACAUACAAGACACUCAGAUUCCACGUUAAGUACGACAACGACGAUUUGAAGAACAUCCCACUUAACGUAAAAAUAUUCAGCACUUCAUACGACUCACUCAACGAAACCACCAUCAACAACACCGCGGGUUACACUAUUAAGGUCAAGAAAAACAAGAACAUGAAGGCGUACAUCAAACUCGACCAAUUCAACUUGGAUGGUGAGGUCUCAACCAUUAUCUUUACAAGAACUGGCGACUCAACAACUUCUGUAGACUUGAUGUUCGACGAAUUGGAAUUGGACACAAAGGAUACCGAGACAGACUCAUAUGAGAAUAGUGCAUCGUCUUUGUUGGCUGGUGCUUUUCUCUUUGCUAUUGUUUUAGUUUUGUAA